UGCCCGCGCAGGCCGGCGGCCAUGGGCAGGCUCAAAACCCCGCUGCUGCUGCAGAGAGGGCACCCCAAGUGCGACCGGCUCGGCAGGAUCAAGAAGCUCGACUUGUCAAACCUCCAGCUUCGGACAAAGGACCUGGACCUCAAACUCCUCAACCGCAUGAAGCAGCUGAAGGAGCUGGAUCUGUCCGACAACCUGCUGGAGAGGGUGCCCGAGGGCCUGGACCUCCCCUGCCUGCAGGUCCUCAAGUGCUCCAACAACCAGCUGGAGGACGUGACGCCGCUGCAGCAGUUCUCGGCGCUGGAGGAGGUGGAUUUCGAGGACAACUUAUACCUGACGGUCAAUGACAAUUACAAGAUCUCCUCCCUGCUCCCCAACAUCCGAAAAAUCAAUGGGAAGGAAACAGCCUCACUGAUGAAUCAUGUGAAGAUUCUGAAUCGGGAACUGACCAGUCGAGUCACUGCUUACUGGGAGAAGAACUACCAGGUCCAGGUGGAGUCCCGGGCCCAGACCCAGGAGCUCCACAAGGAGUUUGUGAAGUCGGCCGUCAGAGAAGUGCGCUAUGGGCCCGAGUCCCUGAGCGAUUUCACCCAGUGGAAGGUGAAGAUGAUCGCCCAGCAGCUGGUAGCCUCGAAGACCACUGGAAAGCAAAUCCCCGUGGAGGAGGUGGUGGAGAAGGACACGAACUCGAGCCCAGAGACUCCAGAGACGACCCCUGUGGAGACCCCGAGGACCCCGAGGACCCCAGCCCCAGUGGGAGCAUCCAGCCAAGAAUAUGUGCUCAAGCUCUCAGCCUUUAAGUGGAAGAAGAGGCUCCCAUCGGACUCCCCACCCUGCAAGAGGGCCCGCUCCUCCCCACCCCCCCCAGACUCCCAGGCCAGCAGCCUGGGCGGUGGCCAGUCUGCCCCGGCGGAGGGCACCCAAGGCCAGAUGGGCUCAGAGGGUCAGGAGCCGAUGGAGCUGCAGCCCAUGCACUUCCUGCAGUGCCACAGCAAAGGCAACAGUCCAGACGACUUCAGCACCCAGUUGUGGGCCUGCGCUUUCGAGCCCACCUGGAACGAGGGCACAGGACUGCCCAGAGGCGCAUCCCAGACGGUGGCCACUUGUGGGGGGGAGGCUGUGUGUGUGAUUGACUGCCAGACCGGUCUUGUGCUCCACAGGUACAAGGUGCCUGGAGAGGAGUUCUUCACUGUGGCCUGGACCUUCCUGACCCUUGUGACCCAGGACGGACGGAAGAAGCGCAGUAGUGUGUUGGCAGCCGCGGGCCGGCGCGGCAUCGUGAGCCUCAUCCACGUGCGCGCAGGCUUCUGCUACGGAGACAUCCGAGCCCACCGGAAACCCAUCGCCAUGGCCUGCUUCAGUCCCUCCCAGGAGACCCACCUUUUCACCGCCUCGUACAACAAGCGCAUCAUCCUCUGGGACAUCGGCCUCCCCGACUACAACUACCACUUCACACCCAGGCAACUCCUGGUGUUGGACGCCAGUGCUACCCCCUUGCGUCUCUGCCCGGUGGCCUCCUGCCCUGACCACUACCUGCUCGCCGGUUGUGAGGACGGCUGCUUCGCCUGGGACAUACGGCUAAACGAGUCCCAGAAGAAGAGAGAAUGCGAGAUGGAGUUCCUGUUCCCCCAAAGUCCAGGGCAAGCGCUAAAGAGAGUGGACGGGCUGGGGUUUGUGAGCGAGGAUGUCGUGGCGUCCAAGGGCUGUACCCCAGGCUCCAUCUGCUUGUGGAGCUGGAGCCAGUCCCUGGCAGGAAGAGGAGACAAGCGGCAAGUGACUGCCAUCAUCCUGGCUGAGCUGCAGUGGUCCAGCACAGAGCUGUCCUACCUGACCCUCAGCACCUGCCCAGAGAAAGCGUUUGUCUUCUGUGGGGAUGAAGAAGGCAGUGUGUGGAUGUACAACGUCAGGCGCUACCUCCAGCAGCAGCAGCAGCCCUUGCAGGCCAAAGUGGCCCCCACAAAGAUUCUCAGCUGGCCGGAUCUCUCAGCCCGGGGCAAAAAGAUGAACAAAACUUUAAUCAACACAGCAGCCGUAGACCCUACCUUCACCUACCUUGUGGCUCUGACAGAUACCAACAUCAUCACCAUCUGGAAGAAACUCUAGCAGGCAGGGCCGGGACUGUGCUUUUUCCCAGUGGGGACUGUGAGGUUUUCCUAAGUGUGCGUUUUUUUAAGUGGAUAGUUUUCAACUAAACUCAAAUUAAAAGAAAGUGAGCUGUGUUUUUAUGUCCUGUACCUAGGCCUGAGACCCAGGUGAUCAUUUUCCUGGCUUAGUGGCCAAGGAUGAGAUUGGCUUUUCUUAAAGCAAGAUGGAACUUGGAAUUCUGACCGGCAGCCAGUCAAUUCGAACUCUCAUUUCCUGGUUUUGAAGUGCCUACAUAGUUGCUAGGCACAUCAUCUACGGCAACCUUCUUCCUCCUACUUGGACAACAAAUCCGUUAGCGAUUACUCUUUCAUCAGGAUUAAACUGUCUAAUAAGUCCCAUCUCCUACUAAUCUCCAGCCCACACUGGCCAGACUAUCCCUUGUGAUUUUAUGGCAAGCAGAAUUUUGAAGAUGGCUAAAAAUCGCUACUUUGAGAUAUUUAGAGAGUGACUCGAGAGGUAAGAAAUACAUUUUAUGAGGAAAUUACAGGAGUUGUACGCCGAAGAGAAAAGCAAUAAGAAAGUUUCCCCCAUUUAACUUUUCAUACCAGUUGGAAGUCAAAACUGCAGGGGAAGGACAGCAAGAACUAUUCGAUUCCUUCUUGUUUGUCUUUGAUAGCAACCUAGAAUGGGAAAAAACAAAUUAGCCAAUGAUUAGGACUAAGAUUCCCGAACAAGUUGUAGGAUCUCAAGGUAAGUUAUGGGCAUACUAGAAGUAGGAAGAGUUCAAAUGUUCUUUUCCAUCCUAGGAAGGAAAGCAUUAAUAAAACACCCAUAUACAUUUAGGCAAGUCUUUUAACAGUGUCCACUUAGUCAAGCAAUUUUGGAGUUGACUGUUGGCCUUCCAAAGUCCUCCCUAGCAGAGUCAUGAUGCGACAGAGUGGACGGAAUCAGGAGGAGCUGAGAGCAGUUUAAUCGAGUUGUGUCUACAAUGGGAAUGACCUUUAGAGAGUGAACUGAGUUGUUCCCAUAUUCCAGCCUUGAGCACUUCCAAGUGUCACCCGGACCUUCUGUUUAUAUGAAAGGUCACUAUUUAAGACAAUACAAAACCCACCAUCAUGAAACUGGGGCUGGAAGCAUUCUAAUUUAAAGAUGACAC